AGCAUACAAAAUGGUUAAAACACAGUAAAGUGCACGAAAAACAUUCCGUUGGAUAAAAGAUGUGCUACAAUCAACCAAACAGUUUUUUCUUCAACUGAAAUUUUUUUGGCUGAAUAUUUUAUUUGAGAAGUUUCUACAUAUACAUAGAACGUAAAUAGAAUACGCGAAAAAUGCUGAAUGUACGAGUAUUCAGAUGCAAAUUAGAAAACUUACAGCAACAAUGUCACGAAAAGGCAGCGAGUCGAGCCAUGCAUGAAAGCGAGUUUUAAGUGAAUAUAAACUUGAAAAUAAAGAGCAAACACGAAAGAAAGAAACUUUUGAGUAAACAAAGGCAGCUAUACGCUACUCUCAGAGUCAGUGAGGUAAACGUCAACGCUACAACAACCAUUGACAAGCGCUUGCUGAAAAGUAGAACAACACCGAAAAGUAUGCUUUAAAUGCGAUAAAGGUAGUGAAGUUAAAUUCGUGGAUGCAAGAAAAGCUGCUAGGAAAAUAAAAACCGCUACGGCAACAAUAAUACGAGCAAAAAUAGCGACUCUCUACUAGCGAGCAGCAGCAAAUGUCAUAUAAAUGCACGCACACACAUACAUAUGAAUGCAAGCGGAAGUUGCUUUAAGCCAGCAACCAACGAAGUAACGGCGUACAAGGAGCGAAGGCGCAACAUUGCUGUAUAAUCGGCAGUGCGAACAACACAAGUCCGUUGCUGAUUGGUUGGUGGUUGUGGUGCACCAACACACAAUCAAGUGGAUGCGGAUGCAUUGCAGUCAGAAUACUGCUUUUUAUGGGCUCCACAACUGGAAAAUUCAACCGUAAAAUGUAGUGAAGCGCAGCCAGAAAAACGGCCACGAUUUACAACUACAAAUUUAUGCUUUUACUAUUUUGCGAAUUUUCAGGCGUUCAGCAUAAAAGAUGUAGACUCACUAAAAUAAAACUAAAACAAAAAGAAAAACAAGAACAAAAAACAAAAAUUACCAAAGAAAUAAAUAAAAGACCAACAGCUGAUAGAGUCGAAUUUUUAGCAGUAAAUACAGUUGGUCAAUGUGCCACUCACCAGUUUGCCAACGAUAAGCGUGCAGCAUGCAACCUGCUUGUGCUGGUGUAGGUGUUGGUGAGGCUGCUGCUGCACUCACGCCCACACCUGCCAUUUAGCGGCUUUGUGCCACCUCUGCAACAACAAUAAAAAUCAUACCAUUUAACGUACACGCUUUGCUGGCGCUGGAGCUGACCUUAUUUCCCGUAGCGUUGAUUUUCAAGCCAGAAGCAGAGUGCAAAGAAAAUAUAUAUUUUCGUUUUCGAAAUUUCAUUACUUUAUUUGGCUUCCCAUAUUUCGCAUAACAAUUGCCAUAAUUAAAAAUCUGUGCAUUCGCGCGCAAACAAAUUGACAGGGGCAAAACAAAGGAGAGCAGAAUAAAGCAGAGAUAAAAGAUAAAAGUGUAAAACUUUCUGUAAAUUGGCUGAAACGACCUGACACGUUCGUGGUCAGUGAUGUGUUAAUAAUAUUCGCCGCUUGCGUGAAACGUGAAGAAUUCCAAGAGGAAAACAAAACCACCGUGCAGUAAGAACAACAACAAGUAUUCGUUGGCAGAUAGCGAGACUAAAGAAUCGAUCAUAAUGUUGCCCACCAAUGUAAUGACAUUCAUGAAAAAGAUGGUCGCCACCGAUGAGACGCCAUCCACACAAAAUCAACCCGAUGCUGGUGGUACAUUCGGCAAGUUGAAACAGACACUGUCAUCGUCAUUGCUUACAGCGCAGGAUAGAGUGAAUAAAAUGUCACCACGUCCUUCGUUGGCGCCCACAGAAGACGGCAGCUAUGGUGGGGCGUACCAACAGCAGUCACAGGACGCCUAUGCGGCCAACCAGAACAAUAACAAUAAUAACAAUACAACAGGCGGCAGUAGCGCAGGCAGUGCGAAUUCAUCGAAGAAUGAGCCGGGACGACGCGCGGGGGCUUGUCGUGUUUGUUUGAAAUCAUUCAAGCCCGAUGACUAUCACAAGACGUGCUUCGAGUGUCAGCAGCGUGUGUGCGAGGAUUGUGCUAGCUAUAGCAAGCUGGAGGAGAAUGAGGAUGCGAACAUGUGGCGCUGCAGUGUUUGCCGACGAAAGAUGGCCUCUCGUGUGUGCAUUCCGCAAGACUCGACCGACUCCUCGUUGGACGUGCCCGUGCUGGAAGCGUUGCAACGACGUCACUCCGACGCUAAACUAGGUUCAACACAGACACUCGCGCCGGCAAAUGGCGCCGCCUUGGCACCACCACGCAGUCCCGAAGUGCGUCGGCAUUCCGACGUCUCACCCGCCUCACUCAAAGAACUGGAAAAGUUGAAGGGCAAUAAAACACCGGGCGGUGAUUUGGACUUUCGUAAGGGUGGACGCAGCAUGGCGCCGAGUCGUUCAUCGAGCCCGCCACGGCAAUCGGAUUUGGAGCAGCAACCGCCAUUUGGCGCGCCUCUAUCACGCAUUGCAUCGCGUCGAGGUUCGAGGGUGGCGCGGCAGCAUAGCUAUGAUGAUGACAUGAAUAGCGCGAUUAUGGCAGCUGCGGCGACGGCGGCGAUGGCUGGCGCAGGCGGAGCUGUAGGCGCGCCCGGUGGAUUAGGCAUGGCAGGCGGUGAUGCUGGACUUGGCAUACCAGCAAUGCCCAGAAGGAAAUCGGCAUACGAUGUUUUCGCACCAAAUUUGUUACAGAAUGUGGCGCCGUCAGCAACUCAGCACCAACGCUCACCCGGCGAUGGCAUGUCACCACAAAUUGCGCUACCCGGUUCGCGGCGACCCUCGUUCCGCGUACCGCAUCCUUCCGAGGAUCUGCAGAACGAUGAGUCCCCAAGUCCGGAUAAAGGCAGCCCAGUGCUGACGGUGGACGAUGAUAGGCGCCUACGGCGACGUGGAUCACAACUUCCCGAUUUGGCGGCAUUGCAACAGCGCGGUGCUAUACCAACCAACUUACCCGUCAACAUACCACCUCCACUCGCCGCCUUUACUGGUCCCAAUUUAGAAGACUUAGAAGCUCCAAGGCGCCAAACAUCCAUGGAUGGUGAAGCUAUUAAAAUUGUUAUACACGAUGUGGACUCGGGUCCAAUUUGCCCAUCGAAGCGAAGAAUUGUGCUGCGCAAAGAUCCAACAGACAAGGCGCAUCGCACACGUGGCUUUGGUAUGCGCGUCGUUGGCGGCAAAACUGGUGCAGAUGGCCGUCUCUUCGCUUACAUCGUAUGGACAGUGCCAGGUGGGCCGGCGGAAAAGAAUGGACUACAGCAAGGCGAUAAGAUACUUGAAUGGAACGGCAUGUCCCUAAUCGAUCGCAGUUUCGAAGAAGUGUGCUCUAUUAUGGAUCGCACCGGAGAUAUUGUAGAGCUGCUCGUCGAGCAUGCCACGGACUUUCGCAUGUGUGAUCUGUUCGAUGAAAAUCUACCACCAGGCAACAGUGGCAAUCAAAGCGGUCCACGGCGUUCUGGCGAUGGUCCCGUGGGACUAGGCUUAAUCGCGGACCCCGAAACAACAAUAGACAAAUCACCGGCCUCGCCGACCAGACGGAAAUUACCCAAAACUCCGGAGCAAAUUGCACGCGAGAAGCAAGUAAGUGGGCGUGUACAGUUACAAGUUUGGUAUAAUGCCGAUCGUAAUGAGUUAGUGGUGUCGCUAAUGGCCGCCGAUGAUUUGGCGCUCCGCGAUGAAGCCUAUGGCCACGGCAAUCUACCGGAAGCAUAUGCUAAAGUACGCAUUUCACCCAAAUGCGGCGAUGGCAGCGUUCAACAAACCGAAGUUAGCCAUCCCACGCAAAAUCCGAUCUGGAAUGCGACGCUCACCUUUCAGCACGUGAAUGCCGACAGCCUUAUGGAUCGGCACAUUGACAUACAGUUGUGGGAUCUGGUACCGCAUACAGAGUCCAUUUUUUUGGGCGAAUGUAAUGUCAAUUUGCAACAGGCAUUUCUUGACGAUCGCGCCAUCUGGUGUCGACUGGACGAUCCGAAGGGGCUGCGCGGCAUUAGCAUGUCAAAAUCGCCGAGCGUCUCACCGCGCGGCUCCAUUGCCACCGGCUGUCCAGGCGGUGAUGUAUCGCGUCUAUUGCGACGUGACUAUAAUAUGCAACGUUCCAUAUCGGACGAUGUUGACUCAAUCGGCGAUGGCACAUCGCUGCUGCAUCCCGAUACCGCCUGGGUGGCUGGCUCACGGCGUGGUUCCUCGCAGUCGGAGACGCUCGAGGUGGAGGUGUAUCAGUUGGGUAAAGAUUUCUCACGUUCAUUGCCGGGUUCGCGACGUUCCUCCUUCCAAGAUCCCGAUAAGAUGCGCGAAGGAGACAACAUGGCAGCACCGUCACCAGCCUCAUACUAUGUAGGUCGGCGGCGUUCAUCGGUGGCGCGACGCGAUCCCGAUGAGAUACUAAACUCGCUGAAAGCAGUGCGAGGCGAGCUCGGGCGUGCGAUGAGUUUGGGAACGGAGCAGCAGAAGCGGCCAGGAUCUAGACGCGCAAGUCGUGUUGGCUUACCGAGCAAUCCGAGUAGUCGCAAAGGCUCCAUACUUGAUGUCACUCAACAACAACAGCAGCUGCAACAACACUUGCCGGUGGGCAUUGGCAAUGCAGCGACCAGUCCACCAUCGGAUGAGGAGAACAAACAGUUUACGACGCGUUGGAAGGGUUCGGGUAGCAAUUUGCGUCCACAAAGCGCCAAACAGGCCUUAUCAAUGCUAAAGCAAGCCUCGUCCGCCACAAAUGUAGCAAUGCAAGGACAGAGCGGCAGCGCCAGUGGCAGCCUACUGAGCGUCGGUGCUGACAGCUCCAAGCAGUUGCGCAAGGGCAGCAUGAUUAAUCUGAAGACGAUUGCUGGCAGCAGCAGCGGUGCAGACAAUACACUCGGCCCGACGACGGUGCUGCAGCGCAAAGGUAGUGUCUAUGCGCAUGCAACAACGGAGCGUGACACGGGCAGCAGUGGUUCGCCACAGCGCAAGAACAGCAUUUAUCCAGGCAGCUGGAAAGCAGGCGCUCCCGAAGCUGAGUCCCCACUAAUGCGCAAGGGCAGCAUGUUCAAUGUGAGCACCAGCGACAGUCCGUCUAUGUUGCGCAAGCAGAGCAUGGCACCGCAUAACGCAAGUGCCAAGAGCCUGAGUCACGGUAGUCAUUCGGGCAGCAUCAGCAGUUUAACGUCCACGACUGUAACCACAGUUGCCACUACGGGCAUCGAUACGGACUAUGGACUCAAAAUGGGCCCAGGACAGAUACAUCCAAAGGGCUAUCGCUUGACAAUGGUGCGGCAUGGUGAGCUAAAGAUGGGAUUUACGAAAAUCAAAGGCGUGGUAGAAGUGGAGGUGAUAUGUGCACGCAAUAUAGUGCCCGUGGACUGUGAAACGCCGCCGGACACAUACGUAAAAUGCUAUGUCAAGGAUGGCGAUCGACUGCGGCAUAAGAAGAAAACGCGCGUGGUGAGGCACUCAGCAGAGCCAUUCUACAAACAGACGCUCAAGUAUCAGAGUGCCGAUGUUUUCGGGCGCAAUAUCGUCAUCAUGGUCUGGCAACGUUGUGUCGGCUUUGAACACAAUCAAGGUUUGGGCGGCACUGAGGUCAAUCUAGACAAGAUCAAUGCUUCGCAACGCAUCGGCGGUUGGUAUCCACUAUUUCCGAUGCACUCAUUAGGCGGAUCGGAUUCGGAUAAUUCUCCUUGACCGAUCACGCACACACCAAAUACAAUGAACAAUAAUAAAAUCGACACCACUACAAAAACUGAAACAAUAAAGAAUGGAAAACGAAAAAGAGCAACUACAACAAAAACACCAACAACUAUUUUAUUCUAUAAUAAGCAAAAUGAUAAUAAUAAUAAUUACAAUAAUGAUAAUAAUGUUUUAUGUAGCGUAAAUGCUCACUGGCAAUUUGUUAGAAUUCAAGGGCUAAUAUUGGCAACUAUUUAAAAAUGAAAUAUUACUUACAACUACAUACAAUUAAUUAUUAAAUUAAGUAAAUUAAGAUUUAGGAGUGGUUGUGGCAGAGUUUCCAAAAGCUGCAAAGAUGCAAAGGUCUUUUGGAAAUGCAAGAAAUUGCAAAUGUAUUUUUAAAAACCAAA